GGCCGGCGGGCGGCGGACUAUGAGGCGCCCACCAUGGUGCGAUGCGACCGCGGGCUGCAGAUGCUGCUGACCACGGCCGGAGCCUUCGCCGCCUUCUCGCUCAUGGCCAUCGCCAUCGGCACCGACUACUGGCUGUACUCCAGCGCGCACAUCUGCAACGGCACCAACCUGACCAUGGACGACGGGCCCCCGCCCCGCCGCGCCCGAGGCGACCUCACCCAUUCGGGACUGUGGCGGGUGUGUUGCAUCGAAGGCAUCUAUAAAGGGCACUGCUUCCGGAUCAACCACUUCCCAGAGGACAAUGAUUACGACCAUGACAGCUCAGAGUACCUCCUCCGCAUCGUGCGAGCCUCCAGUGUCUUUCCCAUCCUCAGCACCAUUCUGCUCCUGCUCGGAGGGCUCUGCAUCGGGGCUGGGAGGAUCUACAGUCGCAAGAACAACAUUGUCCUCAGUGCAGGAAUCCUCUUUGUGGCUGCAGGCCUCAGUAAUAUCAUUGGCAUCAUUGUCUACAUUUCCAGCAACACGGGCGACCCCAGUGACAAACGUGAUGACGACAAGAAGAGCCAUUACAACUAUGGCUGGUCUUUUUACUUUGGAGCCCUGUCAUUUAUUGUGGCGGAGACCGUGGGCGUCCUGGCUGUAAACAUUUACAUUGAGAAAAAUAAAGAGUUGAGGUUUAAGACAAAACGGGAGUUCCUUAAGGCCUCUUCCUCCUCACCUUAUGCCAGGAUGCCGAGCUACAGGUACCGGCCACGGCGGUCCAGGUCCAGUUCGCGGUCCACUGAGGCCUCGCCCUCCAGGGAUGCAUCUCCCGUGGGCCUGAAGAUCACCGGCGCCAUUCCCAUGGGUGAGCUGUCUAUGUACACGCUGUCCAGGGAGCCCCUCAAGGUGACCACAGCUGCCAGCUACAGCCCAGACCAGGACGCUGGCUUCCUGCAAAUGCACGACUUCUUCCAACAGGACCUAAAGGAAGGUUUCCAUGUCAGCAUGCUGAACCGGCGGACAACUCCCGUGUGACCUGCCCACCCCUCUCAGCACCAGCCUCCUCCACAGUGGCUGUCUGUGUGACACACAACAGGCUGACCCUUAAGAUUAUAAACAGUGAACUGGAGCCGAGUAUAACCCUCCCUGGCCUCCAGAAGAUGCCACAGGCAGGCUUAGAGUGAAGGAUGCCGGGAGACUGCAAUUAGGCCUAGGGUAGAAACUGAAUGGCUGACUUUCUCCCAAGACAGGGUAUUUUGCUGCCCUCUGGGUCUUUGGAACUUCUCAGGAGGCCCAAGAAUUUUCCAGAAGCUGCAUCAGCCUGCCUCUUGGGAACCAGGAAACCAGUCGUGCCAGAAGAAGAAGAUGUCAAACCCUUUCCCGUUCCCUGGGCACUGGGCCACAGGAAGGCUUCUUCCAGACACUGGGACCUCCGGACUCCCAUGAGCUCUUCCCCACCCAGAAGUUCCUGUGUCCUGGAGCCUGAGAUGAGCCGAAGCUUGCUCCGCUCCCCUCUGUGUCUCCCUCUCUCGGCCUCUGUCUGGCACCCUGGUGGAGCCAGUAGUUGUAUAAAUAUCAUCUGUCCUGAAGAGAAAAGCUCUCUGGCUAACUGGUGCUUCCGCCUUGACUUGUCCUGGGGCCGUCUUCUCUCCACCUCUGGAGACCAGGAAUCCAGGGCAAAUGCAGAGGCUCUGCUAGCUUUCCUACCUGCUUCUGGAAGUUUCUGCUGAGCUCAGAAUGGUCAGGACAUACUCACUAAACUUGGGACAUCUGGAGGAUUCCAUGGAUCUGAGGAAAGGUGGGCAUGUGGCCUCUUGCUGUGUGCCUCCACACUGGCCGGAGGAACCACUCUGUCCCUUGAGCAGCAGAGGGCCCUGC